CAUAAUUCCUCCACCACCACAACUUUCGAUCACCACAGUCCAAAUUAUAUGCAACUAAGAACAAGCUGCAAUAUGCCACACAUUCCAUGUAUAACACGCAUAGAUUCCUUAUUUUACAAAAACAGUUUAAACAAAAGCUGAAUGGAUGGUUUGAAACUAAACAACUCUGUGAGUUCCAAGGUGUACUUGACAAAAGCAUGUUGCAGGUAUGGAGGCACUCCAUAUUGUUAUAUCAAGGUUGCAAGUAAAUGUGGAACAAGAAAUGGGAUUUUAAAGAGUGGCUCCAGAAGAAGAUUAGGAGGUACUCACAUAUAUUUUGCUUGUUGCUCUGUAUCUUACUCAACUUGUUCAUCAGCAGCAGCUGAGGAACAAGUUGAUCAACUGGUUUCGAGUAAACCAUAUGAUGAGGCUAGAAAGGAAGAAUUGGGUAAGUUGUGGGAUGAGUAUGGAUGGCAAGUGAGGAGAAUGGUUAAAAAGGAAGAUGAGAUGAGGAGAGUAGCUCAAGUUCAAGCUGAAGCUUUUUAUGAGCCUGUGUUUUUCCUCACUGAUUUGUUUUUCGAUUUCUUUAAAGCUGAAGUGUAUCAAGGACUAAUUUACAGACUCAGAAAUUCAGCUGCUGAUAGGUAUGCAUGCUUGGUUGCAGAGGCCUCCAAUGAAUCUUUGGGAAACCUUGUGGGAGUAGUUGAUGUCACAUUCUUACGAGACGACGAUGUUCUCGAGCACCUCCCUGGAGAAACUGAUGAAUAUCUUUAUGUCUCUGGCAUUGCGGUUUCAACUGACUUCAGGAGGCAAAAAGUAGCUACUGCGUUAUUAAAAGCAUGCGACAUUGUAGCAGUUGAAUGGGGUGCUCCAUAUCUUGUGCUGAGGGCUUAUGAAGAUGACUUGGGUGCUCGCACAUUGUACAGGAAUGCAGGGUAUACUGUGGUUUCUGGAGAUCCUCCAUGGACGUCUACCUGGAUUGGGCGGAAACGCCGUGUCCUUAUGAUUAAGAAGUGUAGUAGUCACUGACAUGAAUUCCACUUUCUCAGUUUCAACCAAUUCAUUCUCCAACAACCAGGCAUACAGUCCCAACCCAGAGCUUCUCAAGAAAGGAUGCAUAAAAAGUAGAAAUAUUAUAUAUUAACAAGUGAAAAUGUUUUAAAUAAAAGCCAAGCACAAACCAUAGUCCAAGUUACGCCACUAUCCGUCGCAUUAUUCUGCUGGUUUUUAAACAUUUUAAUAUGAUAUAUAUUCCCGCC